CUUGGGACAAUUGGAAGUCUCACUGGACACUAUGCUGCGAUUAAGUCUCUCACCUACAUUUUCAAUGGGGUUUCACCUGUUAGCUUUGAUGGCUCUGUUAUUUUCCCAUGUGGACCAUAUAACUGCUGAGACAGAAAUGGAAGGAGAAGGAAAUGAAACUGGUGAAUGCACUGGCUCAUAUUACUGUAAGAAAGGGGUGAUUUUGCCCAUCUGGGAGCCCCAAGACCCUUCUUUUGGGGACAAAAUUGCUAGAGCUACUGUGUAUUUUGUGGCUAUGGUCUACAUGUUUCUUGGAGUCUCUAUCAUUGCCGACCGGUUCAUGUCCUCUAUAGAAGUCAUCACAUCUCAAGAAAAAGAAAUAACCAUAAAGAAACCCAAUGGAGAGACCACCAAGACAACUGUGAGGAUCUGGAAUGAGACCGUGUCAAACUUGACCUUGAUGGCCCUGGGAUCGUCUGCUCCUGAAAUUCUUCUUUCGGUAAUUGAAGUGUGCGGCCACAAUUUCACAGCUGGAGACCUUGGUCCCAGCACCAUCGUGGGAAGUGCUGCCUUCAACAUGUUCAUCAUCAUCGCACUUUGUGUUUACGUUGUCCCUGACGGGGAGACAAGGAAGAUUAAGCAUUUGCGUGUGUUCUUUGUGACAGCAGCCUGGAGCAUCUUUGCCUAUACCUGGCUUUACAUUAUUUUGUCUGUCAUCUCUCCUGGUGUUGUGGAGGUCUGGGAAGGUUUGCUCACUUUCUUCUUCUUUCCCAUUUGUGUUGUGUUCGCUUGGGUAGCAGAUAGGAGGCUUCUGUUUUACAAGUAUGUCUACAAGCGGUAUCGUGCUGGCAAACAGAGAGGAAUGAUUAUUGAACAUGAAGGAGACAGGCCAUCUUCCAAAACUGAAAUUGAAAUGGAUGGGAAGGUUGUCAACUCUCAUGUUGACAAUUUCUUAGAUGGUGCUCUCGUUCUGGAAGUUGAUGAGAGGGACCAAGAUGAUGAGGAGGCUAGGCGAGAAAUGGCUAGGAUUCUGAAGGAACUUAAACAGAAGCAUCCAGAGAAAGAAAUAGAGCAAUUAAUAGAAUUAGCCAACUAUCAAGUCCUAAGUCAACAGCAAAAAAGUCGAGCAUUCUAUCGCAUUCAAGCUACUCGCCUGAUGACUGGAGCUGGCAAUAUUUUGAAGAGGCAUGCAGCUGACCAAGCAAGGAAGGCUGUCAGCAUGCAUGAAGUCAACACAGACAUGGCUGAAAAUGACCCUGUUAGUAAGAUCUUCUUUGAGCAAGGGACAUAUCAGUGCCUGGAAAACUGUGGUACGGUAGCCCUGACCAUUAUCCGCAGAGGUGGUGAUUUGACCAACACUGUGUUUGUUGACUUCAGAACAGAAGAUGGCACAGCCAACGCUGGUUCUGAUUAUGAAUUUACUGAAGGCACUGUGGUCUUUAAACCUGGGGAGAUCCAGAAGGAAAUCAGAGUUGGCAUCAUUGAUGAUGAUAUCUUUGAGGAGGAUGAAAAUUUCCUUGUGCAUCUCAGCAAUGUCAAAGUAUCUUCUGAAGCUUCAGAAGAUGGCAUACUGGAAGCCAAUCAUGUCUCUACACUCGCUUGCCUUGGAUCACCCUCCACUGCCACAGUAACCAUCUUUGAUGAUGACCAUGCAGGCAUCUUUACUUUUGAGGAACCUGUGACUCAUGUGAGUGAGAGCAUUGGCAUCAUGGAGGUGAAGGUGUUGAGAACAUCUGGAGCUCGAGGAAAUGUUAUCGUUCCCUAUAAAACCAUUGAAGGGACUGCCAGAGGUGGAGGGGAGGACUUUGAGGACACCUGUGGAGAGCUGGAAUUCCAGAACGAUGAAAUUGUGUAAGUUUUUAUAUGUGUGUGUGACUGUGGUUAAGUGUGCUUAUGAAUGUAAGUGUGUGUAUCAUUUUAAAAACUGAAUGACAUUCAAGGAAUAGAAUUUUUAUUAUGUAAGACCACUUUCAAAAUAUCAGUGCUCACAUGGGUGCCACCUUAUCAAUAUGCACUAUAUACUGAGAUCUUAAUCU